AUGACAGAAGCGAAGGAAAAAUACAUGCUCAUGGAUGAUAUGAUUGCUGCUGGAGCUACAGCGAAAUCGGCGAUGGCAACAGUCUAUUCGGACUUGGAAUCAAUGAGGCCACAGCUCUUCCGUCUCGCGUCAGAAGCAAAUGAAAACAACGAUGAGUUGAUGGCGGUCCUCAGGCUAACAGAUGAAGUCAAUCGAGUCAUCAAUGUCGUGAAAGAUAAAUACCCCAAUGUAGUGGAGCUUUCGAACAGCGUUCCAUCAUCUGGUCUCACUGCAACAUCAAGUCCGGAUACCCAAACUUCUCGCCUCCACGACCUCGGCGUCGACUUGAACCUGCUCGGCCUCGAGGAUGAUCCUCCAUCGAACAGACCAGCUCAAAGUAGUGGAAAUGUGAUCGACGAUUUGAAAACUCUGAACAGUAUAUUUGGGUCCUCUCCAAUGGGAGAAGCACCUCAGCCAACUCUGCUGGAUAUUAACCCAUCAGCACCUUCUGUAUCCGCCAUGACGAGCCAAGCCAGUCCCCAAAUCGCUGUUUGGCCCACUCCACCCGAAGUGGCGGCUUUGACGGGAAUCAAAGUCAAUCUCGCUGAUUUCCAGGCUUCUUCGACGACAAGAACUCUUGUCGACGAUGAUGGAGUCAGAGUCAUCCUUGUCCGAGGAGAGAAUAAAAUUCAAGACAGAAGUGAUGUCCCUGUACUGCUAGUCACUUUUGAUUCGACAAAUCCUGCACCUAUCGAGAAUUUAAUGUUCAAUGCUAAAGUUGCAAAACCUUUCAGAAUAAAACUAUUACAGCCAUCAGGCAACGAGUUCCCUGCGUUCAACCCCGUUUCAUCAACUUCUUCGCGCAUUACACAAUUGAUUCUAGUGGGAGGGCCGCUCAUCCCAAAUCAACUGGCAGCUCUCUGCGCCAAUACCUAA